CAGUUUAACUGAAAACAAAGGUCAUCUCUUGAUUUGAAGAGGUUGGGACUAUAUAAUUACUAAUAUUGUCUUGAUACAUUCACAAAUUCAAUUAUCAAAUCAAACGUGCUGGUUUCAGUAACGAAGUAAAAAGUAAUGGCUGUCUCUUUAGCGGUGAUAUUUGCGUUGAUGUGUAGUUUGAUUGAUUGUGCUAUCUCCGUUCCAACAAAAGUUCCAGAUCUGAAUCGAAAAAUAUUAGGUUCAAAUGGACCUUUCAGAAAAUUUGAAGUAUCAGAUUGUGAUGAACCCUUAGAAACAACAUCAGACUGUGACGACUGGAAGUUCGCUUAUCACUGGAACAACCAACUGAAAGGAUGUGAACGUGCUAUCUAUCAUGGCUGCAAUGCCACAAGAAAUAACUUCAUAACCUUCAAUGAUUGUGAAAAACAAGCACAGCCUAUAUGUAUGUUAACAUAUCCCAGUCCAUCAAAAAUGUAUGGGAAAUAAUGAGAUAUUUCAGAUAAUUUAUAUAAUAAGGCCAUAUAAUUUAGAUUGAAUAGUUUAUAAAUCAAAUAUUUGUUUUACUAUUCAUGGCAUAAAAUCUUUCAGUUCGCACCAUAAAGUUGUAGAUACUGUAAUAUAAAAUUUGUGAAAAUGA